UCAUUUCAUUUCAUUUCAAUUCAAUUCAAUUCAAUUCAAAUCAGAAACCAAAAAUGUCAGAAAUUGAGCUCAUCACUAAAUUUGAUGCCGAUUUGAGCGUCAAUCAAUCAUCGAUGACCAGCACAUCGAAUCGAAUUCAUCCCAAGUUUCUGCACACAAAUUCCGAAGAAUUUGAUGUGGUCAAAAAUGUUCAACACAAACGCCGCAUGGAAUUUUUGGCCCAUGUUCAAAGGAAACGUGAAUCCAUCAUCGAAAAAAUGCGACGUCUCAUCGAAGAUGAUCCGAUCGAAACAAUGUCCACCGUCGAUGAUGACGAUGAUGAUAAUGAAGCCGUUGUCGAGUCAUCGUCAACUGCGUCCAUGGAAACUGAAUGUUCCACCAUUACGAUGCACAAUAAAAAACGGAAAAAUGGACGAAAGUGGAUCCAAAAUUAUCGAAAAGCAAUUUCCGACUGUUUCAUGCUAUCCGAAUGGCUGGUGGAUGUGCCGGAAGAUUUUUUCGAUUGCUGGUUCUUUGUCUGUUGCCCCAAAGGCCGACGAACCUUGUUGAUUGCUGACGGGGGCCAUACCCGGGCAUAUACCCGAAAUGGUCAUUUUUUAUUCAAGUUUCAAUCGAGCCUACCAGGCGGCAGCAGCGGUCACAAUGUUGAUUCCAAGUUUGAAUCUCAUCGUCAGAUUCGAUCGGCGGCAACGAAAAAUUCAAUGCUCGAUUGCAUAUGGGUGGAAGCGGAACGUCGCUUCUACAUAUUGGACGUAUUCAAGUGGAAUGGUUGUUCAUUCUACGGCUGUGAUACGGAAUUUCGUUUCUUCUGGAUCCAUAAUCAUAUCAACGUUAAUCACAAUGACAACGAUGAACAAAUGGUAACCGAUCAAUCCUACGUGGAUCAUUCAAGAAUCCACAUUGAGACAUUGCCAUAUUGGCCAUGCACAAUAGAUAACAUAUGUAAAUAUGGCCAACAUGGCCCAUAUCCAUUCGAAACCGAGAUUGAUGGCAUACUAUUCUACCAUAAACAAGCACCGUACAUGGCCGGUACUACGCCACUAGUCUGUUGGCUCAAGGUUCCAAUGUUGGCCAAUAUCAUUGGAUUAUAAUGAAUGAAUAAAAAUAAAUUUCUGAUAUCAAUUUGA